AUGGAUUUCAACUCUCCUCUCACUCUGCAGUGCUUGCUGGUGAUAAUAUCUGUUACUCAUGGCUCUGUCACCUGGACCGGUGUGCUCAGUGGUGGCUCAGCAGUCUUUUCUGUGGGAAUUCAAAGCCUGCAGAACCUCUCCAGGAUGAGCAGGAGGGAUGUGAGAUGCUUCACAGCUGUCUUAAAUAAUACUUUGUUGGCCGAGUGCGGCAAUUCUGCCGGCAGAUGCCUGAUUUUGCAGAAUGGCUCCCUGGUGCUGAGGAGUGUGGAGAAAGAGGACGAAGGAAAAUAUGAAUUUGUUUUUCACAACACCACCAGAUUUUUUACACUGGAAGUAUUUGAGCCGGCCGUAGGUGUGCAGUGCUUUCCUAACGGCACCGGGGAGCUGUCCUGCGACGUGAGCAGCGACGAGGGCAGCAGCUUCCGGUGGCUGCUCAAUGGCAGCGCGCUCAGUGCCCCCGAGGCCUGCGUUAAGGAUGGCGGAAAGAAGGUUCUCCUGGACAAAACCGUACCUGGGGAAUUCGUGUGUGAGGUGCAACAUGGGAAUGCUGUCACCAGGACCAGGCCUGUUCUGCUGUCUUGCAGCUAUGGAGACCUGCUGCAGUACCCGUGGUUCAUUUACAUCCUGGCAGGGUGCGCAGGCAUUGCAGUUAUCCUUGUGGUGGCUGUAUCCUCAGUCAUAUGUUGCUGCAUGAAGAGGAAACACAAGUUCAUCCCCGUGCCUUCGGAGGAGGAGAAGGAUGACGGACUAGCAAUGUCUGUGGUCUCUAGUGAAGGUGUGAAGAGCCCUCCCAGUGGAGACCAUGUCGAGGCUCAAGCUGCCCAAAUCGACUGCCCUCCAAAGCCUGAUGCUGCCCGGAGUGGUCAAGGCCUUGAGCCCCAGCUGCUGGUAGAAGAAAACUUACCAGUGGAGACAGAGCCUGAGGAAAUUCCAGACCCAGAGGUCAUAGUUGAUGUGGAAAGUCAGGAAAAUGCUUCGGACAGUUUCCCGGAUCCAACUGAUGACUGA